AUGGCUUCAAGCUACGUGCUAAAGUUCCCGGUUGCCGAUGCCAGUGGUGCCGCUAUUCUCCUCCACGUCGUCCCUAAAGGUGGCAACGGUCUUGACCUAGAUUUGCUUGCUACCGAUGGCGAUGCAGCUUUCAGGGGCAAGGAAGUGAGAACCAGACAUCUUGACAAGUUCCGCGCAAAAAAUUACGACGGGUCCAGCGAAGAAUGGCAUUCCAUCCUAAAAUAUGGUUUGGUAUCAAGGCAGUCCGAUCUUGACCGUGCGGUGAGAGAUAACUUAGACAUUGCUUGUUCAAUAACAGGCAAAGACCCCAAGUCCACUUUGUCCAUCUCCUUUCGCACCAGAGUCCAGGAUAUCACUCAACGUUUGGGCUCCAUUGAAUUGCCACAGACUGAGGACACUGAAGAUGUCGACCUCUUUGGCUGGGCCAGUCAGCUUGCCAGUAGACGAGAUGAGCUGGAAGAUCGAGCUGCUAAACAAGAGCAUUUGGCAGGAGCUGAAGCUAAAACGAUUCAAACUCUGCAAAACCAACUUGAUGAGCUUACUAAAGCAAAGUCCGAUCAUGAAGAUGAGCUAAUCAGCAAGUUCGCACUUCUUCUCAAUGAGAAGAAGCUCAAGAUACGCAAACUGAAGCGGGUGCUUGAGACUACCAAAGUCGACCCUGAAAAGGUCGAUGAGAUCGAGAAUUUAUUGUCACCUGCUGUCAAACGUGGCAAGAAACGUGGAGCUCGACGAGCGAGCCAAGCGCCUGAAUCUGAUGAGUCGGACGGCUUCGAUGACAUGGACUUGGAUAGACCUGUUGGUGCUCGGCAGGAUGGAGACCAGGAUGCGCGCUCACAGGCAACAUCGGAUACAGAGGACGCGGACACUGAGAACGACAACGAUCUCGAUCAGCCGAUCAUGUCACAGACUGAAUCUGGCUCUGCAGGCGCAUCAAAACCCCAAACUAGAGCACAGGCCCCCCAAUCUAUUCCAGCGCGUCGUGAGCUGCCAUUCACGAAGCAGAGUAAGGGAACGCGCUCCGGGGAAAGUAAAGGGUCAUCCUCCAAAACACAGACUGCGGUCGAGGAUGAAGAAACGGCCAGUGAAGAUGACGAGCUAUGA